CUACCGCAGCGCGAUCGAACGGUGGACCGCAAAGGGACUACCGAGACGUGCACAAAUCGAACAAGGAAGUAGAAAUAAUAAAGGAACCAAAACGAAAAUCGUUUGCAACCGGAUCGGCACCGCGCCAUCUGAAUACCGAAACGUAAACAAGAAAUCAGCAAUGGCCGCCGCAUAUCGGCAGUGUUCUUCGCGUAGUGGGUACGUGAGUUUUCGGAGCUGAACGCAAUAAAAACAUUAAUUAUGACAAUACUGGUUCGGUGAGAAUUACUGCAAACGUAUAGUGCAAAAGUGUCUUUUAUUAUGUAUUGUACCGUUGACAAGAGUCACUGUAGUGCUACAUCCAGCACGCAAACCAGAUCGGUGAAGGAUGGUAAGACAAUCGGGCCAAUUGUUUUUAACGAAAUUGGAGUUCCGGGGCUGCCGACCUGCGCCGGCGUCACCAUGCGCGAGAAGAAAAGCGGCGCACUGUCCAGGAUGCAGAAGCUCCGGAAAAGGCUGUCGCAUUCGUUUGGACGCCUAUCGGUUUCGAAAGAGGAGGCGGAGGAGCACAAUCACCAUCACCACGGCACCAAACUCCAAUACAACGGGUACAGCGACGAGUUCCUAGAUCGAUUAGAGCCCAACGGCAACAUACCCACGAGCAAACGUGAUAUUAGAUACGAAUGGAACAAUGUGGCGGGACACGACAGGGUGAAACGGCAGUUGUCGGUGUCGAGCGACAGUAAACUGCUCGACGACGACAUCCGUGAGGAGACCAAGGUGAUCCUGAGGCCGCGGAAACCGCCCCGGCCCAAAUCGGAGGUGCUGCUUAAUCAGCAGGGCCAGAGCGACCACCGGAGGACGAAACGGUACUCGGCUUUCGGGGGCGACUCGCCGUUCGGCAAGUCGGAGGCUUACAUUAAGUUAGAACAAUUAGGAGAGGGUUCGUACGCCACCGUCUACAAAGGUUUUAGCAAUUUGCAAAACCAGGUGGUCGCGCUGAAAGAGAUUAGACUGCAAGAGGAAGAGGGGGCGCCGUUCACAGCGAUCCGCGAGGCCUCGCUCCUCAAAGAACUGAAACACGCGAACAUCGUCACCCUGCACGAUAUCGUUCACACCAAGGAAACGCUUACGUUCGUGUUCGAAUACGUGCACACGGACCUUUCCCAGUACCUCGAGCGACACAGCGGCGGGCUGGACCCCCGCAACGUUCGACUGUUUCUUUUCCAGCUGCUGCGCGGCCUCGCCUACUGCCACAAGCGGCUCGUCCUGCACCGUGACGUCAAGCCGCAGAACCUGCUCAUAUCCGAGAUAGGCGAGCUGAAGCUCGCGGACUUCGGAUUGGCCCGGGCAAAAUCGGUGCCUAGUCACACCUACAGUCACGAGGUGGUCACCCUUUGGUACCGGCCGCCCGACGUUCUUCUCGGCUCGACCGAGUACUCGACCAGUUUGGACAUGUGGGGCGUCGGCUGUAUAUUCGUCGAGAUGAUCACCGGCGUGGCGAUAUUUCCGGGGGUGCGGGACACCUACGAUCAACUCGAUAAGAUUUUUAAAGUGCUCGGUACGCCGGCGGAAGAGGACUGGCCCGGGUGUACUCGUCUGCCCGGUUACAAACUCCACAAGAUAGGCAAUUACAAGCCGCGCAGGCUCGGACUGUGCUGGCCCCGGCUACACGACGUAGUGCACGGCGAAGCGAUGGCCGCCGGUUUGCUACAACUCGACCCCGCGAGGAGGUUAGGAGCGGACGACGCGAUGACGCACCGUUACUUCGACGGGCUGCCCAGGAAAUUGCUGGAACUGCCCGACGACGCAUCAAUAUUCUCGGUGGAAGGCGUGCACCUGUAUACCGAGCAGUACUCCGGGGUCAAAUGAAACAAGCCGAAACGGUCCAACUCAGGAAUUAAAUUUUUCGGACAGUGACCGGGCGGCCCAUCUCGACGCAAUCAGACCACACGCCCGCCCCCGCUCCCCGCCCCCAACGUUCAACGGAAAACGGCGGGCGCGCGCGCCAAACAAAAAUGUUUCCGUUAGGUUUAGGAUUUUUUUUUCUUUUCUAUGCGAAAUACUUUCCUCGCCACGCCGCGACAUUUACUUUUAUUUCCGGAAAAAUCCGACAGUUCGGCAACGUCGCGAUUGCCGGCUGUCGUGCGCGUAACCCAAAGCUAUUUUGUAAAAUUGCCGCUAGACGGCGCGGCGGCUGCUUCUUCCCGGACGCCAACACGGAAUUGAACGAGCUGAUGCGAUCGCACGGUUUUAAAAUAUUUUUCUUUUAAAUAGCCAGGGAGAGAGGGGUUUGAAAAAAAAAAAUGAAAAUCAUUCCUUCCACGGUGCUCAAUUACUUCGGCGGUCAAUCUUAAGGUUAACCGCCCUGUAUAAAUUUCUACGGUUAGGUGUAAGGGUUGCGGGAGCGGCUUUGAGGGGAUUUCAUUUUUUCCCGCGUAGACCGGCGCCAUUUGUUUCUGUAUAUAACCCGUCAACGACUUUUCCGGUGUAAAUAUUUAUUAUACACGAGACAAAGUUCGCAGCCAAACGUAUAAGUGCCAAAGGGCAAUAGUUAGACGAAUAAUAACUAGACCGGUCCCGGCGACUACUCGCAGAACGGCACACAAAAUACAGGGUGUCCCAUCGCAUCGUAACAUCGCAAAAAUUCGAUAAAACGAAAAAAUUCCAAUAUCGAUGACGGUAUAAGGAAAAGAGAAGUAAGGUUUUUGGAUAAGGACAAAAUACAAAGCUUCAAAAUUCCGAAUUCGACUUCGAAUCUGCAAUAAUGUACAGAGCGGACCGAGUUUUUGGAGACAAAGUGAUAGGAAACGGUUUUUUUUUGUGAUAAAAGCCCAUAUUCACAGGUGUCGUAAAUUGCUUUGCUCCAGACGUGUAGGGUGUUAAUUAUUUUCUCAUCAAAUUUAGUCAAAACUCAUUUUUGACUAUUUUAAUUUAAUAUAUACAAUUUAAUUAAAAAAAUGUCCCUCUCUUCUGAUAUUUUUUUAUUGUGCCUUCCCUCCUGAAUUCCUUCUACCCAAGAAACAGAGAAUUGAAGUUCCGAGAAAAAAAAAUUGUAUCAUUACCUUUUUCACAGAAUUUUAUUCACAUUUUUUUAAACAUCGGAGACCAUGUUUUAAUUUUCACCUUUUCUCCUAAACUGUUAAUUUUAAUAUAACUUUAUACUUUUUAAUCAGAUUUUAGAUCAGAUCUUUUAGAUGCCAAAGGGAUUUUUGGUUUUUACUUUCACCCAAUUUGUGACGUAUGUUUAAAAUGACCGUUUUUUCAUGAAAAGCGACUUCUAUCCAUCAGGGCGACCCCUUUGCAGUCCCGCGGGGUUACCGGGACACCCGAAGUAUACCCGCGUCAAUUAGAAAUGUACAAAGUGGUAUCGUGACCCGCAGAGACCAAUCGUUUCGCGAGUAGUUCAAACGAACCGACAGUAAAAAGAAACAAACUCGUUAAAAACAUUAACUAGGCCUAACCUAUGCGCGGCUAGAUGACAGUAGGUAGGCAAAAGCCGUAGCGGAAUACCGAUUUACAAAAACCUAGAAGGGUAUAACUAGUAUAUAGGGCGACUACGCCUCCGCCUCCUCCCCCUCCGGGCGCGAUAUAGAGAAAUCCCGUUUUCGUUUUUUAGAAAUCGCAGAUUAUUCGCUAAUUCUAGUGAGAGUAAUGUUUAGUAAUCGUAGCGUAGUCCAAAGACAAAAAAAAAUCAAAAAAGGCACUAAAAUUUAACGCUCUGGCGCGCACAGCAGCCUCCCUCUACUACUAUAAACGUCCACAUUACCGUCUGAUUUUUCUAACGACUAAGUAACGAUAAUAACGACUUGUUAAGUGAACGCCUUUUUUUCACAUCCAAACUUCCCAUGCACGCUUUGUGCCUGCGCGUUUUAUUACUUUUUUUACGGAAGAAUUUUUAUGUGGUAAUUUUAAAUGUUGUGCAGAGGAAUUCGGGUGGGGCGUUCGGGGUUGGACGUUUUUCUUUUUAGAUCGCUUCGACGGCGCACAUGCGGCAAAAUAAGCGUGAAACUCUUUCUAUUAUCCUAUUUUAAUUCAAAUUCAAUCCAAAAAAAAAAUUUUUCAUUAACCUUUCUUCAAUUUGAUAACGUUCUCUACAUCUUGUUAAAAGUUUACACUUUUACCACUUGCUUUACCAAUUUUCUAAUGUUUCUAAUGUGCAAUGAAGAUUGUUUAGAAAAAUGAAUACCCUCUAAGUAUAUAAAAAAUUCUUUCCGGUCAGCACCAAUCACUCCAAUUACUUGCAAGAAAAUAUAGGAAUAUUAAAAGAAGAUAAUUUGGGAUAGCAACAACGCAGAGCAACGAGAGUUUUAACAAAAUUUUAAAGAAAAUUAAUAUAUUUCAAAUUCCGCUUGAAACCUAGCGAAGCAAUCAAAAAAUAAUUUAUUACACAACAUAGAUUAGUAGUACAUUACUGCAGCUGCGGGAACCAGAUUGUAAAACAAUUGAAAAUACUUUGAGAUUUAUAUAAAGAGGAACUGUCCAAUAUUCACACGCAACUAGAUUUGUGUCACUCAAGACGCGUCUAAUAUAAAUAUAAAUGAAUUACCUAUAAAAUUCUACGAGCAAUAACGUUUUCUGCGCCAGUUUCGAUUAGAAUAUAUAGUUUUCUCGCUCCUUUUGCCGUAUGCGCAGCAUGGGAAAACGUUUAACAGCGUCCGCCAAACAGAAUGACGAUCAAAAACAGAUACACGGUGAUAAGUGAUAAUUUUAUAUGUUAAAUUUCUUUACCGAGGCGAACCAAGCUACUGACGGACCUCACGCAACUACCGGUAGUACUUUGGUUGCCGAAAGAACUGAGAUAAUUACGGAACAAUGAGAACAGCAACGAUCCGGACGGGCCGCGGCGGUACCUUUUCUAAUUGUAAGCCACUAGUCGAUGUGACGCGAAAAAAAUGUCAUGCGGAAGUUUGCCGUGGGCCCGGCCGGAUCUGGCGUUUUGUUUUUACCAAUUUUGGUGUGAAAAAUUGCUCUUGUGAUAGAGUUUGUUAUCGAUUCUACCUUGGUUUCUUGUUUAUAUUUUAGAAAAGAAAAAUAAAUGAAAUUUUUUAUGGAACACUACCAAUGAUGCAGUGUAAUCAUUGUACCACGUUGCAUUGUAUAUAGAAAUAGUUGUUUAUAAUAAGAUUAUUAUAAGAAUAUUGAAAAAU